AUGAGCAAAAAAGUGAAAUUAAACAUUGGAGGUCAUGUAUUUGUGACCAGAGCCGAAACGUUGCAACGAAUUCCACACACCAGACUUUCAGAUCUCAAUCCUGAGGUCGAAGAAUAUGACUCGGAAUCAGACGAAUACUAUUUUGACAGAGAUCCAGAAGUGUUUAGACCCAUUUUGAAUAUGUACAGAAGCAAUGAGCUUCAUUUGCCCAGAAAUAUGUGCGGUAACGCCUUAAAACUGGAAAUGGAUUAUUGGGGAAUUAAGGUCGAAAACAUUGCGGAUUGUUGUUGGAAAAUUAUGUAUAGAGUAAAGCAAGACAGUCGAAUUGGAGCUGACAUGCGUGAAGUAGGGGAGUCGGGGAAACCAAUUCCAAUAUUUCCCAUAGAGUUACAAAAUUCUUGGAACAAAUUCCGUUUUGGUUUAUGGAAAUUUCUUGCAAAACCAAAUUCUUCAAUGGCUGCUGCGAUAUGGAAUACAGUUUAUUUUGGUCUGAUAUUACUAUCAGUUAGUAUUCUAGUGGUGGAAUCUCACAAAGCAUUUCGUAUUCCGAAUAACGAUAUCAAUAUGACGUCUAUUAGUUUUAACAUUUCUGGUAAAUACAGGCUGUAUUACACCACUCAAUUACUACCUAUACUAUAUUAUCUCGAUGUAUUUUGUGUAUCUAUCUUCACGAUUGAAUUAUCUCUGCAUUUCUUAACAUCGCCUUAUAAACUUUUAUUCUUAAAAUCCUGGUUAAAUCUCCUCGAUGCCUUGGUAAUCAUUGCCAAUUGGUGCAACCUUAUCGUAGAACAGAAUUAUGGCAAAGAGCUUGUGUCGUUAUUAAAUAGAGACCUUAUUACUGCUUAUAGAAUAUUAAAGUAUAUCUCCAUACUGAGAAUUUUACGAUUUUUUAAGUUAACGGAGAGAUUCCAUUCAUUAAAGAUAAUGACUUUGGCUAUAAAACAAUCGUUCAGGGAGCUAUUUAUGAUGUUCAUGUUUAUAAUCGUCAUUGCUACUUUAUAUGGAUGCGCCUUGUUCAUUAUGGAAUUUGAAUCUGAAGAAUUAACAGACAUUCCUAUUGCUAUAUGGUGGGCAAUUAUUACAAUGACAACGGUAGGGUAUGGGGAUAUCAUCCCAAAAUCUGAUUCAGGUAGAGUGAUCGGUGUUUUCUGUGCAAUCAGUGGAUUGAUGGUGCUUUCAAUGCCAGUCGCCAUUAUCGCCUCAAACUUUAGCGACUAUCAUGAAAGAGACACUGACAGAAGAAUGAAAAUAUCCCAUGAUCAUGAAAAGCGGAUACAUUGUGAAAACUCAGAUACAAACAAAUGUAAGAUAUUAAAAGAUUUUAGAAAUGAACAGAAAACAAAAAUGAUCAUGGUUGAAAGUGCAAAAUAA